AUGUACCAUUCUAACCACGAUGCGCUUCCCAUUUACCGGCCAUCUGAUGGCAGACCCACGAGCUUUAGACGAGAGCCUCUCCCAUAUCAAGACAAUGGCGAUGACAGGGCACAAAUGCCAAACUUCAACCCCCCAAGACUUCCCCCUAUAUCUUCAUUACUAUCGUCUCUACCGCUGGGACAAGUUGAGGAUGGUCAGGCAUUUGAGGAACCGUAUCGCCCACCGUCACAAGGACCACGAUCUCCAGUGGCUUUAGAUCGACCGAUGUACCUGCACCAGCAACAACGAAGUCCUCGGGAGCUUGAACGUUCCUUUAUGCAUUCGCAAAGCCCACCUACUGCAUACUCGAGCGGUCCCCCAACACCCAUGUCAGGAGUGUUCGCGAUCAGGGAAGGAUCUGUCGCGACUCAUCACCAUGGUCCAUUUGCCCCUCCUAGGCCCCCUCCACCCCGCCCACAGCCAGAAUGCAAACUGGUUGUCAUGCAACAACCCAUAUCCGCACGAGCUUGUGGGUACGGGGAUAAGGAUCGUAGAAUGAUAGAUCCACCGCCGAUUCUGACACUGGAAGUGUUUGACAAGGAUACAGGUCAGGCGAUCAAUCCGAAGGACAGAAAGAAGGUACUUAGCAGAUUUAUGCCGAUAGUGCAUUGCACGUUGUGGAAUCCAUACACGAAUUGCGAGGACGACAAGAUUGAGGGAAGCAGUGACCGUCGAAACCAAAGGAGGAUGGUAGGAACGAUGGUCUGUAAUGGUUUCAAGGCUGUAGACCCUCAUGGAGAUGAACGAUUCUUCUUCACUUUUGCCGACUUGUCCGUUCGAUUUCCGGGUGACUAUCAGUUGAAGUUUAGAUUGACGUUAAUUGAUCCAGCGGCAAUGGGAAAGGGUCAAAAAAAUGGAAUUAUGAGUCCGUUGCUGAGCAACAUUUUCAAGGUCCACAAUGCCAAAGACUUCGAAGGUAUGAGACCUAGCUCUGACCUGGCAAAAUCUCUUGUUAGCCAAGGGUAUCCCAAUAUUCUCAAGAUCAAGAAAGGAAAUGCGAGGACGAUCGCAAUGGUUGGCCAAGGGGGACAGGAUGAUGAUGACGACGAUGAUGACGAUGAAAUGGGCGGCAUGUAA